AUGACCAUGCAGGAGGCCACACAGGAAGGAAAUGGACCACCGCUUCAGGAGCAGAGGAGGAGAAGUGGAAUUGCUGUGAUCCAACAUUUUAAGAGGAGGGGCUUCAAGCUGGUGGGGAUGAAGAUGCCAUAGGCACCAAACAGCAUCCACGGAGAACAUUCCCAUGAGGAGCUCCAACCCACAGUGCCCAUGAUCUGGAAAGGCCUCAAUAUAGUCUGCAUGUCAAGGGCCAUGACAGGGCACACUGACUUGGCUGAGACCACCCCUCCCACCAUCCUGGGUGUCCACAUCAGCAGGAAAUGUCAAGGUGACUCCAUUGAGAGGGCCCAGAAAGACCAGCUGUGGGUCCAUAGCAGUGAGCUGGUGCCUGGGCAGACCACCACAGCACAUCCACUCAUCCUGAAGACUCAGGUCACCCUCACCACCCAGAAGUGGCCCAGAACCACAACCUCUGUUGCUGAGAACUUGAGUCUGUGCCCAAGCUCUGCCCAUCUGCCCCAGCCACUUCCCUCACCUCAGUCCUACCUCACGUCAAUCAACUUUACAUCUUUCUGUAACCUACUCUAG